UUCGACGGCGCGGCCAUGGCCGCCGUCAACGGCGCGGUGGAGAACGGGCAGCCCGACAAGAAGGUGCCGCUGCCGCCGCCGCAGCUGCCGCGUCCCCUGCGGAGCCUGGAGGUGAAGUAUACCAAGAUAUUUAUUAACAAUGAAUGGCACGACUCUACAAGUGGAAAGAAGUUCCCCACCUACAACCCUUCGACGCUGGAGAAGAUCUGUGAUAUUGAAGAAGGAGACAAGCCUGAUGUGGACAAUGCAGUGGAAGCAGCAAAGGCAGCAUUCCAGAGGGGGUCUCCGUGGAGACAAAUGGAUGCCCUGAGCAGAGGACGCCUCCUGCACAAGCUGGCUGACCUUCUGGAGCGCGACAGAGUCACCCUGGCAACUCUGGAGACGAUGGACACAGGAAAACCUUUUCUGCAGGCUUACUUUGUUGACCUGGAGGGCUGUAUAAAAACACUGCGGUACUACGCUGGCUGGGCUGAUAAGAUUCAGGGCAGAACCAUCCCAGUGGAUGAAAACUUUGUCUGUUUCACCAGGCAUGAACCCAUGGGUGUCUGUGGAGCCAUAACUCCAUGGAACUUCCCGUUGCUAAUGCUGGUUUGGAAGAUGGCACCGGCACUGUGCUGUGGAAACACUUUGGUUGUUAAGCCAGCUGAACAAACUCCCCUCACCUCGCUCUACAUUGGCUCACUGAUCAAGGAGGUGGGUUUCCCUCCAGGUGUGGUGAACAUUGUGCCAGGCUAUGGCCCCACAGCUGGAGCUGCUAUUUCUACCCAUCACAACAUUGAUAAAAUUGCUUUCACUGGGUCAACAAAGGUUGGAAAACUGAUCAAGGAAGCUGCUUCUAAAAGCAACCUCAAAAGGGUGACAUUGGAGCUUGGAGGGAAAAACCCCUGCAUUGUGUGUGCAGAUGCAGACUUGGACUUGGCAGUGGAGUGUGCCCAUCAGGGUGUGUUCUUCAACCAAGGACAGUGCUGCACGGCUGCCUCGCGCGUCUUUGUGGAGGAGCAGAUCUACCCUGAGUUCGUCCGGCGCAGCGUGGAGUACGCCACCAAGCGACUCGUUGGAGACCCCUUUGAUGCCAGAACCGAACAGGGGCCCCAGAUUGACCAAAACCAGUUUGAUAAAAUCCUGGAGCUGAUAGAGAGUGGGAAGAAAGAAGGGGCUAAGCUGGAGUGUGGGGGCCUUGCCAUUGAAGACAGAGGCCUGUUCAUAAAGCCUACUGUGUUUUCAGAGGUCACUGACAACAUGCGUAUCGCCAAAGAAGAGAUUUUUGGGCCAGUUCAGCCAAUUAUGAAGUUCAAGAGUAUAGAGGAGGUCAUCAGAAGAGCCAACAGCACAGAGUAUGGCCUAACCGCUGCAGUGUUCACAAAGAAUCUGGACAGAGCGCUAACGCUCGCUGCGGCCCUGCAGUCAGGCACCGUCUGGAUCAACUGUUACAAUGCACUCUAUGCACAGGCUCCUUUUGGUGGAUUCAAAAUGUCAGGCAAUGGCAGAGAACUCGGUGAAUACGCUUUGGCAGAAUAUACUGAAGUGAAAACAGUCACCAUUAAACUCUCCCAGAAGAGUUCAUGAAACUAGAAGGCCUAAAAUGCUGACACUCUGAAUGUGACACAUGGGGGAUGUGUUCAGAGCAAGGGGGAGGGGAAGGGUAGGAAGGACAAUGGGAACACGUGACUUUAUUCCUCAAGGAACACUGAAUCUACUGGACUCCAUUUUGUCAACUGGCUCUUCAAAAACUAAGCAACCCUGCUGGCAGCAUAGCACACACUUGUACUGGACAAGUCCCUGCCUGUACAUCUGUCUGCUACCUGUCACCAGGCACCAUGUUUGCAGGACACCUGCUUUCAAACUGUUCCCAUGAAGGUCGUGGAUGUGGACAGCACAUUAGAGACUUCUGGUGCCAUUGGCAUGACUGUUAAACACCUUCAGAGGCAUAUGGGUAUCACCUGCCAAAGGUGGACAUGAGUGGUAAGGUUAAUACAACUUGACUGAAGUUGGUGGAGUUUGUGUGAAGAUUGCAGCUGGAGUUUGGGAGUGCAAGCUUUCAUGGAAGGAACUGUAAAGAAAUUCUCUUCUUAGAGAGACCAAGAUAGCUCUUUGAGACACAGGCCUUCUUCAUACUGGUGAUAAUCUAGCCCUGAAUGAGGUUUGUGAGAGUUUCCUAGAGGACUCCUUUGGGGCCAGUAUUUCACCCAACAGAGCUAGACUUUCAAGUGUCCUCAGAACCUGAUGUUCUGGUGUGUACACACGACAUGUGCUGCAGACGCAAGUGACUGACUUGCUAGCCCUUCUGGCUCCAAAUGAGUCACCACUGUAUCUCAAACCUUCACUAUAGCACUUUUGGCAAGAGGAUUUUGCACUGCACUUAUCGUGAUGACACCAAGUUGAAUGCUAAGCAUGUAGCACGGUUAGAUAACCCACAGAAAACAUCCCAGGCCAGACCUUCUGAUCUGGGGGAGGGAGCAGAAGAGCUGCAAGAAGCUGUCCUGCUCUCUCUUUCUCUGUAACAUUCAGGCUGUGUGAGCAUCUCUUCAGUUUUGGAGCCAGAGCUAUUAUUCUGAAUAAAACUUCUAAGCUCUUCUCACUGCUUCUUUAUCCUGCAUGAAUGUAGCUUAAAGAGCUUUCUGGAAGUACAGUCCGAAAAGGCAGGUGUUCCCAUGCACACACCGAGUGCUAAAGAUGUGGGUGUGCCAGCCAGCUACCAUGGAACAAGCUGUGGCUGGACUGUGCACUAACUGUCCUUGUGAGGGCUGUGAUCUCCUGGUAAGCACAGAGUAGCAGCUCACUCUCUUGAGUUGUCUCUUGCUUACCUGGGUAAGCAUCCCUGGAGUGGCUGGCACACCAAGUUCAUGCCUCAGCAUCUCCUGCAGUAACUUCUUUGCAUGCCAAGACAUUACUCUAAGGUUAAUGACAAGCCACGUGCUCUCUUCAGUUCCCAGGCUCACUACUUUCCCUCCUCCUGAUUCUUUACUGGAGAACCACUGCCAAAGGUAUGGGAAGUUCCAUGUCUGCAGGAGCUCUAACUAUGCAGGAGUCAGUGGUGUCAGCUUUGUAGUAAGUGGUAACUGAUCCCGCUGGGACUGUCCUCUGAGAGCCAACCAUCCUUGUGGUGUCGUUAUGGCAUCCUUGUGGCACAGUGACAGAUCUCCAUGGAGCACUGCUAGAGGCUGCUGCCUGGAGUUUUCAGAUGUCAGGGCUUGAAGUAGAAAUGCAGGUCUAACCUCUGUUCUCUGGUGCAAGGCAAGGAUUUAACUUCUUUUGCUCAGAGAUACACACAGUCAGUACCAUGUUGCAUGAGUGACCUUUUUUUUGAGGAGGAAGGAAGGUGGGUGGCUAUCAGUAAGGAAGAAGUUUGCAUGAGCUUCAGCUUCCUGAUUUGUUAACUGAACGCUGAAGUUGCACUUCAACACUGCUUAGCUUCUUCAACGGCAUACCUCCAACUAGGUGCCUGUCCUCCCAUGGGUAUGUGAGACAGGUGGCUCUCCCCACCCAGUGAAGACAAUGUCCUCCCUUCCCCACGAAAGGCCAAAUGGGAACCUUGUAAAUAGAUUUCAGUUUUUCUAAAACACUUGAGUGCAAAGGUCUUCUCCAACUUGUUACUUUUGCCUGCUUGCGGGUGUUGCAGGGCUGCGGUCAGAUGGGCAGGAGGCAAGGCCAGGAGCGGAAGGCUGGUG